GGUUAUGGCGGUGAGGUGUUUUUUCUGUUAGGCCCGAGCGGAGCAGCGAGGCCCCGGGCCGGCGUUUCAUACAGAGCCGGGGGACGGCGGGAAUAUGAAAGAAGUGCCAACAUGACAUCAAGAUAUGGGAAAACCUACAGUAAGAAGGGGAGCACUGGCAAUUCGAAAUUUGACGAGGUAUUCUCCGGUAAGCGAGCGAAAAUCAGCACGAAAUGGGGCGAGACCACCUUUAAGGCUCAACUGGGCCAGAAGAGACCGAACGUGAAAGCGGAGCCAGUGGAACAGCCCAAAAGGCAGAGGGUUGAAGACCGCUUGCCAGAGGACCCGUUUGGGUUUGACAGUGAUGACGAUUCUCUCCCGGUGUCUUCGCGGAAUCCAACUCCGGCCAAGGCGCCGCAGCCUGCGGAGUCUCUGAGGCGAUCCGACGCGGAUGGAGUGACCUCCCUGCUGGAGGUGAACAGUAGGAUGGGUCGGCCUGCGGGCGGCGAGGCUCUCGUCUGCAGCAGCAGGUUUGCGUCCUUGGCCGAUACCGUCCAGCAGAACAGUUUGGGUCGGAGCUUCGAUUUGUGUCCAGAGACCAGAGACGCCCACGUCUCCGGCAACAGGUUGAACUCACUGGGGGGCAAGCACCAAGAUCCAUUGAGAGAAGGAAUUGAGAAAAAUAGUUUUCCCAAGAUCAAGAAUGCAACUGAAAAUGAAAAGAAAUCUGAAGAGCCCAGCACAAGACAGGCUGGUAUUAAAGCUGAUGAAUCACCUUUGGAUAGUUGGGAUGAGAUCAUGAAGAGCUCAGGGUCACCCUCUGAACUGCAUCAGAGGACAGAAUUCCAGCCAUGGGUUGGUGGACUUGGCCGGAUGCUUGGUGUCAAAAACGAGGCCUCUGAUGGAAGGCAAGGCAAGCGUGGAGAUAUUUUCUUACACCCUGAUAGGCCUCUGGAACUUAAAGGUAACCAAGGAAUUUUUGAGCGGGCAGAAUAUUCCAGUUUCAAGGAUGAGGAGAUAGAGAAUGACUCCCAGCCUCUCAGGUCAAACUGCAGGACGUACUGUCGUUCAAAUAAAGGUAAAUCAGGAAGUGCUGGCACAACAAAUUUUGAUAAAAUAAUUGAUGGCACUGGGAAAUCUGCUCAGGCUGACCUGAUGGCCAAGGACAGCUUAAAACUAGACACCAAAACUUCAGGGACAACAGGCAAGCCAUCUACAGCUCGGACUGCAAGAGACACUAUUACCUUGCCCUCGUCUUAUCUAUCACCUUGCAAUGUCACGCUUCAGGAUACCACAGACAGGAGCAUGGAUGAAUUUACUACCAGUCCAGCUGACCUGGGAGAAGCAGGCCGCUUAAGGAAAAAAAAUGAUGCUGCGGCGGGUAAGACUGCUGUCAGAUUUCGGCCGACCCAGUCCAAAUCCAAAAAGGACGCAAAGCUGGAGUUCUUUGGUUUCGAUGAGCAGGAGGGAGAGGAAGGUGCCUUCCAAUCAACUGGUGGUGCAGCCAACUAUAAAAUCAAGUACUUUGGUUUUGAUGAUCUGAGUGAAAGCUCUGAUGAGGAUGAUGACUCUGAAUCGGAAGGCAGGCACCGGAAAAAAUCUUCAGUCAGAAUGGGUGAUAUUGGGGAUCUUCUGUCAAACUCUGAGUCAUCAGACUCUCAAGGAAGCCAGUCGCAGUCUCAGCACAGCACAAGUACAGAUCCUCUGGAGUUCAGUGAUGAGUCAAAUCCCAAUUUCCCUGAUGUUGGUAGGAAACAAAUUAACAGACAGGAAAAAGCCAAGGAAAAUACCAGGAAAAUCUUCCAUGGACCUAAGCGGUCUCCUACUAAAGCUGUGUAUAAUGCCAGACACUGGAAUCAGCCCGAGGCGGAGGAGCUCCCUUCAACACUGUUACAAUCUCACAAUAGCACAGGGAGCGUCGCAAGUAAGCAGCCACUGGUACAGUCUCAGACAACACCGGUCAUAGCCACCACAAAGGAAACUGCUCAGAAAGAUGAAGGUGUCUUCAAAGCCCCUCCUCCUCCUCCCCGUGUGAUCAAAACUGUAACAAUACCAACCCAGCCAUACCAAGACAUUGUGACUGCACUGAAAUGUAGGAAGGAGGAUAAAGAGCUGUACACUGUGGUCCAGCACGUGAAGCACUUCAAUGAUGUAGUGGAAUUUGGAGAAAACCAAGAGUUUACAGAUGACAUUGAGUAUUUGCUCAGUGGAUUGAAGUGUUCUCAGCCUCUCAACACACGCUGCCUUAGUAUUAUCAGCUUGGCCACCAAGUGUGCCAUGCCCAGUUUCCGAAUGCACCUAAGAGCUCAUGGGAUGGUAGCCAUGGUCUUCAAGACACUGGAUGAUGCACAAAAGAACCAGAAUCUAGCUCUUUGCACGGCCGCACUAAUGUACAUCCUGAGCCGAGACCGACUGAACAUGGACUUGGAUCGAGCCAGUCUGGACUUGAUGAUUCGCCUCCUAGAGUUAGAUCAGGACCCAUGCUCACGUCAGCUGAAUGAGAAAGAAAUGAAAAAGAUAAAAGAGAAAAUCCGCAAGCUCUGUGAAACUGUUCACAACAGGCAUCUGGACUUAGAGAAUAUCACGACGGGACACUUGGCAAUGGAGACGCUGCUCUCCCUCACAUCCAAACGAGCAGGUGACUGGUUUAAAGAGGAAUUGAGACUCCUAGGAGGAUUGGACCAUAUUGUAGAUAAAGUAAAAGAAUGUGUGGAUCAGUUAAGUGAAAAUGAAGAGGAGGACAAACUGGUUGCAUCAUUAUGGGGCGCAGAGCGCUGUUUACGUGUGUUGGAAAGUGUCACAGUUCACAAUCCAGAAAACCAGGGUUAUCUUAUAGCGUAUAAAGACUCCCAGCUCAUCAUCUCUUCUGCCAGGGCAUUGCAACAUUGUGAGCAGUUGAUCACACGAUAUAACCGGGAAGAUAGCAAGCUCUGCUUAGCAAACAGCAAUUCUUUGCCGGAGUACAGUGCCUCUAGUCACAUUGGCAAGGCAGUAGAGGACUGCAUGAGAGCAAUCUUUGGUGUCCUGCUGAACUUGACCAAUGACAAUGAGUGGGGCAGCACAAAGACUGGUGAGCAGGACAACCUCAUCAGUACAACCAUGAACUGCGUGCUUCAGGUGCCACAGUACAUACCUCAGGAACAGAGAUUUGAUAUUCGAGUGCUGGGUCUAGGCCUGCUGAUUAAUCUUGUGGAGCACAGUGCUCGCAAUAGGCAUUGUCUUGUUGACAUGGAAACACCAUGCUCCUUUGAUUCAUUCUGUGCUGUGGAUGGAAAUGAUAGUUUGAGGAUGGAAGGACAGGUGCGAGCUAUCGAGGCCUUGGUGCAGUUGUUUCUGCAGCGGGAGCGAGCUGCCCGCCUUGCAGAGACCGAGACCGAUGAUUUCAUCAAAGACACACCAACAGCACCUCAAGACCAGAGUGGCCAGUGGCAGGAAACUGCAGGGUCAUUGGAAUGGGUGCAGUCAGAAAAUUGUACCAAGAAUGACAAUAAUGAAAAGAAAGAGGAGGAGGAUGAAGAGAUUGACCUGAAUAAAGCCCUGCAGCAUGCUGGAAAGCACAUGGAGGAUUGCAUUGUGGCCUCAUAUACAGCACUGCUUCUGGGCUGCCUAUGUCAAGAGAGCCCAGUGAAUGUUACUACUGUGAGGGAGCUUUUACCCGAAGGAGACUUCUCCAUAAUGACUGAGAUGUUGCAGAAGUUUUUGAGUUUCAUGAAUCUCACGUGUGCAGUGGGAACGACAGGACAGAAAUCCAUCUCUCGAGUAAUUGAAUACUUGGAUCACUGCUAAAGAUCACCAAGCUUCAGCUACAGAUAGGCUAUGUUCUGUCCCUUGGGGUUAAACCCCUCCCUCGUCAACCAAUCAUAUGGGCAAGGCCUUCUCCCACCUUAAGUGUGGAAAGCACCAAGAGGAAGCUCACUCUGGUUUAUCAGUGACUGCUUCCAAAGGAGCUCAUGUCCAUUGUACCUGGCAGUACCAAAUGAAUGAAAAUGGUGAAUCUGGUUGGAGGCAGAAAGAAAUCUGCAGAUGAAUGUCCUGUGCUUUAAGACACAGCUGAUAGUAAUUGCAUAAGUUGAAUUAUUCCAUACCCACACAGGUAUGCAGACAGCCCCAGUAUUGAGAACCUUCCCUGCAAGAUCAAAAUAGAGUUUAAUAAAACUAAAUGGCCUUGUUUUACUCAGCAAUACUACAGAGUGCUUUCAUUGAUCAGGUUUAUGGUUUAGUGUGGGUAUGGAAUAAAUCCUGUACCCCACGUUUUUUUUAGUUACCAUGACAAAUGUGGACAUUGCUGUGAUUGGUGACUAUUGCAUCUGAGCAGAGUGCAUAUGGUCAAUUGACAACUAAUUCAUUUGACACCAACAAACCAGGCAACCCUCCAGAAAAGAUAUUUGUUUUACUGCAAGUCGAAUGGAUUGACAUGGUUUAAGCUUUGACUCGUGUUCUAUAUAUAGAGUUAAAUAACACAGGUAUAUAAUUAUAUAAUAAGACUAUUUGUUUUAGUUCUCCUGAUCCAUUCAACUUGUAUUAAAAUAAAUGGUGUGAAUUAAAGGAGCCAAUUACAAUCUCAAAUAUCCCAUCAAUAAUGUAAUAUCCCUUAUUGGAUGAGGGUUUUAUUUUGUCUUAAAGUCUUCAUCCUAAUUUGUCUUAGACAUGUUUUAAAAUUGGAAAAACACACCAGCAGUGUCCAGGUUCCAACCUAAUUUGGUUACCUGUAGUUAUCUCUGGGUUGGAGUCUCGCUGGAUCCACAGAAAAUAUGUACAAGAUGCCUGUUUCAAGAUGACAUGAGUGUUGUUGUGAAGCUAGUUGGUAACUUUCAAUACUCAGUUGUCAUAUUUGAUUGUGAUUAGUCUUUGACUGCAUUUUGGAUGUUUCGGUGCUGUGAUCUGCUUUUGAGUCUCUAACAUUACCAGAAGCCAUUCAGUGCUCCUGAGAGUUUGAACACUGGAGUGAAGCAACAUCAGUUUUCUUCAUCUUAACUUAGAAAAUUCCUGUUUAUGCUUGUAUUAGAUACAAUGAAAUGGCCGAUCAAAACAGGAGAGGAGAAAGCAAUGGUAUAUGAAAUAUAUUCCAAGGUUCUCAGUUUUAAUUCAUUAGUUUCCUUACUGAAAACUAUUGAGUUUAGCUAUGAGCAGGCCUGUAUAAAAAUCGUACCUGCAAUUGCAGGCAUUUACAAUGUCUGCAUCAGUUACAUUGGGAUGUUAAACAUAGAUGCAGAGUAGGAGUAAUAGUCAUCAACCUUUGCCUUCUUCACUGCCACCCACCUCUUUCUUUUCCGGUCAAUGACAAGCCAGUGCACAAUACCUGUUAAAGUUUUGCAGUUACAUCAGGAGACUGCUGAGGGCAGAUGUGUCUUAAUUUUGAUACUCAAUUAAUAUAGUCGAGAGAAGAGUUGGGGAAGUUCCUUGAAGUUAAAUCACUAUGUGCAGGUAAUCAAACAAAGCUAUGUUGAAUAUUAUAAUGUGAGCAUUUUAGAGUUGAUAGUUUUCCACACAUUUUAAAAAUUUGCACUUACAGAAACCAGUAACAUUCUGUGUCUUUAUCAGAGAAAAUAACUGUUGUGACAGUUUUUACCUCCACCAAGGCAGAAUUUGGGCAGCAUUUCCAAACUUGAUUCGAGGUAGAUCCAUGUUAUGAUUAGUUGAUUAAUAUGCUACAGAAGUGGGCAAUUUGCUUCAGUUUGACUGACUUAGAUAGUAGUAAAGCUGGCUGAUGAGUAAUGAGGAAAAUGUUGGUUGAAUCAAUAUAAUUUUUUCUAGCUAUAGAAAUGGUAACGGUAAGAGAGAAUUGGAAGAAGAAUGAUGAAAUUAUUCUUUAGUGCAUAUUUUAAACUCAAACUAAAGGUGUGGAAAAUGACCAGCUGAGCCUGUCAAUGAGAUCUGGAUUUUUUUUCUUUUGUGUUUCUGUUGUAGGGUUGCAUUUUUGCCUAUUCUAUUUGUCCAGUAACAUCAUUUGCCUGUGCUUAGUUGUUGUGCAUCCCCACAACAAAAACACCAGCUGGCACCUCCAUUGUAUCAAAGGCUGCAAUGGAAACUGAAUGGGGAUUCCCAACUUUUUGUUAUGCCAUUAGCCGAGGGGUCUGAGGACCCCAGGUUGGGAAUCCCUGGUUUAUGCAGGCAAAAAACCAGCAACGUAUAUAUUAAAAAAAAUUGCUGGUGGGUGUCAUUUGGAACGCCGUUGAGUUACUGUGAGGCUUGCAGGUCAUGGAAUUUCAGUGCAAGGCGAGGUAGUUAUUUCACUUCCCCAUACUUACUGCCCUUUGUGUUUUCAAUUCAAAUGGGUUUUGGUUGGGAAUGCUGCUUUGAUGUUAUUGGAAGGAGCUGGCUGCUCUGAAUUCCCGAGGCAGCUCUCGAUCCAAGGCGCACCUUCAGUGUUCUUUGUGGUCGAUUGUUAUUAAUUAUUUAACUGUAGAAGACCAAAUGACUGAAGAACUAGGAAAAUCUUUAGCAUCCUUGUCUUCAUGUUAAUUAACUGGUUUUACCCUACCCAUGCCAUUUUUUAAAAAUCCAAGAUAUAAUGGCUCGACAUUUUAUUUGCUGAUUUUAGUCGGAGGAAAUUAUAUGUGUGAAUUACCCAGCUUUGCAGAAUCUUUUAAAAUCAUCUGCAAUAGCAAAUUAUAAUAUGAUUUAUUGAGACUUUGGUAUGCUUUUCCAGAUGGAAUGCAUUCUUCGUGAUGCUGAAUAGGUAUUCAUAAUGUGAAAUAAAAACACAAGUUUUAAUCUCUGGAAUCCAACUUCAAACCAGCCUGGACUGAGAGAUCUGGUAUAAUAUUUUGUAAGGGAUUGAUUAUUGACACAAGUAUCUUUGAGUUUAAUGAGAUUUGAUUCUGUAUUUGCUGGAAAGUUGAGCUGCCAGUUCUUUAUAUUGAUUCCAAAGGUAGAGAUCUGUUCCCUCUGCUGACUCAUCUCUUCUGAACAAGCACUGGAAAUAUGGAUGAUGGGGGUUAUUGACAAUUCACUGUGUUGAGUGUCUGUCAGAGAUACUUUGAGAGCCCUUUAGUAACUAAUUAUCCCUCUGUUUUGACUUUGUCUUUUCUGCCAAGCCUUGUAUCUUUGCUGUUGGAGUAGUCUUCAGUUUCUGCUUGCUUAGUCUGGCCACAGGUAGCUAGCUGCUGGCCAGCGGCUAUUUCCCUUCAGGUCAAUAAGAACUAUGCAAAGUUCAGUAAAAUGCUUUUAACCCCUUUAUCCCCAUUGUUUCUCCCCUUUUGUUUAACCUUUGAUGUCAUUCUCCAGCAGUGUUGAUAUUGUUGGAAGGAUUGGGAGCUGUUCUGUCUAUUAUCCAGGAAUUUUAGCUAAUGUCCCUUUUCGUGUGGUUCAGUGUCUAGAUUCUGAUCAUUGUCUGUCCCUUGUUAUCAACAGUUUUUACUAAAGAUGUGAAGUUAAAAUCCUUUGUUCAGGGUAGAACCUCUUUUAAUGAUGUGUACAAUAGGUUUAUUCUACCCUCUGAGAGGGAAUUAUUCCCAUUCCUUUCCAGUAUCACAUAAACUGCUCCAUGUCCAUACCAUGUACCUGUAUCCUGGAAGAGUACAGAUGGUAUUCUGCACUGAGUGUGAUGGAAAUCAGCUGGAUUAGUCUUUCCUAGCAGAUGUACUGUUCUGGUGAAGGCCCAUGUGGAAGCAUCUCUCGAGGAGUUUCACUCUUGCAUUCUGUUGCUCAGUGCUCUGCUGUACUGCUUGAUGCCUGCCAUGGGAGGAGUAUCUUCCGUGAACAACCCAGUUAGUGUUGGGUUUUCUUCACUACUCUUUGUAGCUGUUCCCUGAGAAAUGUAUAUCUCUGCUUCAUAUUUUUAACUUUACAGAUGAUUGGAACCUCAGUGAUUUAACUUGACUAAAUCCGUCUGUAAACUUCAUGGUGCCAUAUUGAAGGUUCAUUGAUGCUGCAAAACGUGAAAUAUCGGUCAAUGGAGCCAGGACAUGUUUAGUGGGGAAUGAAUGAAGUGUAUUUUUACAGGAUCUAUAGAAAUGGUUCCUGAUUUAUUGCUUGGAAACGGGCUUUCCAAAUACAAAUUAAUGUCAACUGGAUCAAGGUAUGAAAUGUGUUUGUUCUCAAAUCCUGACUCUCGGGAUUAGGUGAGAUUACAGAUUAGUUUUCAAUGCUUCUUUGGAUCUAGUAAGUUUAUGAACACAAACAAAAUUCAAGAUUCCACAAAUUUAAAAGUUUCUGUUUUUGUAGAGGUCAUUUGCUGCAGGUUCUCUGGGCAGUAGACUGAUCCGAUCUUCAGUCUGGCUAUUUGAACAGACUCUCCGUUCUUAAUAGCCAGUGUUUUUUUAAUGAAUGUUCAAACUAACUCUAAUCAAGUCUCCAGUUUGAGAUUUUAAAGCCAUGUUUUAUAUUUGUCAAAGUAAAGCUACUAAGUAUUUUUAAGCAGAUACAAUUUGUUUAAUUCUAGUCUGCAGUUUACAGCAAUGCAGCUGCUGUCUCUUCUAGUUGGGCUUGCUUUUAGGGAAAAAUGUAGGGGUCUGGUUGUGGUGAUGUCCCAGUUACUCUGUCACUCAUUUACGUUGGAAACCCAGUUUCUAUGGUUCAUAUGUGAGGAGAUCACAAUUCUGAUAACAAGGCUUCAUCUUGUCCUUGUUCAAUGAAGUAGGAUUAGAUGCACUAAAUGUAGGAUCCAAAUAUUUAUCCAAGUUCCCCACAGCUCUGUAGCAUUAAUAAAUGUGAAUCUGCUCCCAUCAGCAUACUUGAUGUGUUAAGUUAGUAUCAGACUUCCAUAGUUGAAUUCUCAACUUGUGUCUUCGUUAGCAGUCAGUCUUUCAAUUAUUGCCACAAAAGUCAAUUUAUUCCAGAAAGCAGGGGGAUGUUGCUGUUAUCGUGAUCAUUGGCUAGUUUUUAAACUGGCUGCUGAGAAUAGGUGUAAUUGACUGUCAGUUGUGAAUAUAUUUCCAUUCUCUGUCCUCCCUUGCGUUGAAUCAAAUAGAGUGAAUGGUGGAACUCAGCCCCACUAAUGUAUUGGGUCCUGAUUGUAUGUACCUAAGGCAAAAAUUCUUCAAUGGACUGACUAUCAAUGCUUCAUAGUUUGGGGAAGAUAGAAUCAAGUAGAGCAUGCUAAAAAUAUAGCAUUAUCUCAAUUUUACAAUCAUGAUUCAGGCGUAAAUGAAAAGCACUCUUGGCAGAGUUGUAUUAGGGUUUUUAAUUCUAUAGCCUGCCCUGCCAGGUGGUUGGACACAUUCUGGGUUCACUUUAAUUGCAUUAGUGACCUGAGUUAAUCAAAAAUCCUUUGCAGUAGUCGAAUAUUUCACAAAGAGCAUAAGCAAUAUAAGUGAUGUUUCAGUGAAUAGUUUGGAAGUGCUCUGAAGCCACGCUUUGAAUUUGAGAACUGAAUUCGAAGGUGGGGCCUGCACACUGGUUCCAGAAAUGCUAGUCUUUUACAUGGAGGGAAAGGUCUGAUAGGUGAUGGUUUUUAUUUUUUGUGUGUAAGGAUUGGAAAAUGUUGCUAAGUAAAUUUAGCAAUGGCAUUGUUACUGCUCAGCUUCAUUUAUGCUUUAUCUAUCUGCUGCAUUGCAGGUAACGUGAUAGAAAAGUGAAAUUUGUUGGGUUAGGGGUUAAUGAGUACCACGGGGAGCCACAUCCUUGUGUCCAUAACAUGGAAAGAGAAAAACAAGUUGCCUCGUCAGUUUAAUCCUUACACCUCGGAUGAACUUUCAUAGCUAUAUAGUUGGUGCUUUUUUAAAAAAAGGCUUCCCUUAUCAUAAAAGAUUAUGGCGUCAUGCAUUGGGGUUCUUUGAACAAGAAUGCCUUAAUAGGUGGGUUUUGGUUAUUUAUGUAAAUUAGAAAUAUAUGAAAUAAACCAAAAUGAAAAGUUUGAAUUUCCAGGUCAAUCCAGAGAGGCAGGGUAAGUUGCAGUAUCAUAGAAAAAUGUUUUCUUUGGCUGGUGCCCCUAAUAAUGGAUAAUGUAUUCACAUCCACUGACUUGGACACUGUGGCUUUCUCUGGGUUCCCCUCCAAUGCUUCCAUCCGUUGUCAAUUGAACUGUGCAGAAGGAAAGGAACUGAAAUUACUUUUCAGUACUUCCUUUGCUGGAAUAUCUGUACAUGCUGAAGACAACAUUCAUUAUUCAGCUCCUAACAAAUUCAUUUUCUUUAAAGUUAGCAUUUCAAAGCUCUAAUGAGAAUUAAGAUAGUGUCUCUCACAUUGUUCUUGUAAAAUUACAAACUUAUCCUGCAAAACUAUUGCUGUAAGUUAAGAUCCUGGACGUGGCUUGCAAUCGUCCUGCACAGCGGUCACAUGCAGGCUUCAUCAGGCCAAAGCCAUUUGAAAUGUCUAUUCACGUUCCCCAAAUAUACAUCCUAGGGCUUCUGCACUCAAGCCCUGACUUAUUGAUUGAUCAUGUAUCCAACGGAUGUGGUAGGCGCUUUCUCAGUUGAAGUGAGAAAGUGCCAAGUACAUCUCACCAGUCAGCAAUUCUGAAAAUUUGAUACAAUUAAGCCAGUUAAUUGGAGUUUAUCAGGGUGUACAUGUUUAAAGAAUAUUUUAGUGAUUGUAUCUCUGCAAUGAAUUGUUAACUGGGAGAGAAUAAUAAAUAUUUCCAUUAACCACAUAGUCUGUGAGUAGCACCACAUGAUUUAUAAAUGUAAAACCCUGCUCAUUCUCGAUGCCUGUGCAAUAGUCCCAUUCAUCGAAUAUUCUUUGUAGCUGCCAGUUUGAUUGGGAAGGUUUCAUUUCAUUACUUUAGGUAAAAUCAGGAUAGGUUUGCAGAUACUGUCCACCUCUCAAUUCAAAUUGAUCACCCACACAUUUUUCUCACUGCUAGCCUGUGGUGCAUUCACGUGCAUUUAAUAGCUAUCGCCACAAAGCGGACCUUGCUUGCAUGGUUCCAAAUGGGACUCCACUUGGGCUUCUGUGUUAACAUGCACACAGUCUGAAAAUGCUGAGCUUUGCAUGAGGUUUCUUGAUUUACUGUGAUAGGAGUAUGGAGUUCUGUUCCAUUGUGAUGGUGCCCACACAACACUUUUGGAGAGGACAUUCGUCCUAGGAGUGAAAACGUGGCCUUUGAAGUUUAGACUCCAGUGUGAAUAGAGAGUGAACGUAACUUUCAUAUUCUCAUCUAAUUUUUUUUCAGUCAAGUAACAGUUUAAGCUUUCUGCUGUGAUAGGAGGGGUGCUUCAAACUUGGGAGAGUUCAUGUCUCAUGAUCUUGAUCCUGUGUAUACUUGAUCGUCAGUGACAGGUUGGAAUGGGUGAAAUAGUUAUCCCUGGGCUGCACAGUUUUCCAGAAGUUGUGUAAUUUAAGCAGCAAAACUCUUAACUGACUAAUUGUGUGGGCUUCUAAAGGUGCAUUUGAGGAUUCAAGAAGCAUUCUCUAAUGCACUGAUCUUACAUUCUGAAGUAAUCCCAGCCUAGUUAUGGUUUUGUAGAUGAGAGGUAUGGUUGAGUUAUUUUCGAAGGAAGGUUACCUCUGAUGCAUUUCCCACUUAUGUCCAAGUUUCACUCCCAGCACUGGCUGUGCACUCUGUCAGUUACUUGUGGCUUUCCCCACAAGUCAAACCCUCAUGUCUACAUUUCCAAUUGUUUUCAUUCCAUUCCGUUGUUGUAAACACAUGACUGGGAAGGGUACAUGAGGGCAUGAACAGAAUGGAUUUAAAAUAAAUUUUAAAUGACUUUCUUUGUGUAAAUAGUUGUGUAAAUAUUGGCAAUUGGAAAUUUAGAAUGGUAGAAAUACUUUUCAGAUUCCGAUCCUAUUUUUAUUUUAUACAUAUUUCUCAGUUUCAAUCUUUCAGAGUAAAAGCCAAAUGGCAGGAAAUAGAGUUUGUACCAGUUUCUGAAGUAUGUCUUUGGUUACCUGUAAAUAAUUUUAACUCGAAUAAAAAUUGCUACU